GAUAUUUUGACACUUUUAUAUUUUAGGGUCCGAUUCCGUCCAGGGUGGGAUUGCCAUGGACUUCCCAUUGAAUUAAAGAUUAGCAAAAAAGUCCAGGGGAAGUCACCUCUCGAAAUUAGAGCUCUUGCUCGACAGGUAGCCAAUGAAGCCAUCGCGAAGCAGUUGAACUCGUUCAAACGAUGGGGUGUAACAGCUGCAUGGUCCGAACCAUAUCUCACAAUGGAUUCGAUGUAUGUUUCCGAACAGUUGCGGUUAUUUGCAAAAAUGGUCGAGAAAGGAAUUAUCUACAGGGCCUUCAAACCAGUUUAUUGGUCUCCAAGCUCCCGUACAGCUUUGGCAGAGUCAGAAUUGGAAUAUAAUGAUAAACAUACCAGCACUGCCAACAUAGGACUCUCAGUUGAGCUGGGUUCGAAACCACUUGUUUUAUACUCACUGAUUUGGACUUCAACUCCCUGGACCCUUCCUCUUAACAACGCUAUAUGCAUAUCGCCAGAAUCGACUUAUGUGGCCAUACGCUUCGACGACACUGUGAAAGCUCCCAUUGCGGAGGUGUAUCUCGUUGCCGAAGCUCUGCUGCCUUCACUCACAAACGUAACAGGAAGAUCAACGACAGUACUGGGUCGCUUCAAGGGAAAAGUGCUACUUGGAAAACACUACAAGAGCUCUAAAAUGUGUUAUGCUCUUUUUUUUGAAGGGCAUGCAGAGCUGGCUUUACCGAUUUUGGCUGGUGACCACGUGACUAUGGCAAUGGGAACUGGUCUCGUACACACUUCCUUCGCUCAUGGAUUUACCGAUUACCAGAUAGCUGUGGAUGGUAAUUAUAAGGUAGAAAGUUUUGUGGACGAAGACGGUCGGUAUACACGACACCUUGGAACCAGCCUUGAAGGGAAGGACGUACUCGGAGAUGGGCAACGUGAGGUCAUCAGAAUUCUCCGAAAAGAUGUCGUCCAUCAAGAUAAGUACAAGCAUUCCUAUCCCUACGACUGGCGGACAAAGAAGCCCGUGAUCAUUAGAAGUAGUGCACAGUGGUUCUUCGAUGUGUCAUCGAUUGCUAAACGUGCAGCAGAACUUGCUGAUGGAAUCAAGAUUGGAAGCGACGAUUCCGAUUUAUCCAACACACUGCGUAAAAUGGUAUGUUCUCGACCGUCAUGGUGCAUUUCUCGCCAACGCGUUUGGGGAACGCCCAUUCCGGCUCUUGUUGAUGCAAACGGUGAGAGCAUAUCCGGUAGCAAUGAGUACAUUGGUAGCAGUUGUAGACUAUCAAAAGGCGCAGAUAUAAUGGAUGUUUGGAUGGAUAGCGGAGUUGCUUGGCAUUGCGCUAGAAAAUCGUAUGAUGACGCUGUUCGUCCAACCGAUGCAGUGCUUGAAGGCGUUGAUCAGUUUCGCGGCUGGUUUCAGUCCCUCUUACUCACAUCUGUUGCUGUGCAGGAUGCUCUUCCGUACAAGCGGGUCCAUGUUCAUGGAUUUUGUGUUGAUGACAAUAACAGAAAGAUGUCAAAGUCUCUUGGCAAUGUGGUGGACCCGGAAACGGUGACAAACGGUUCUCUUCGUCAGAAAGCCCUGGGUGCAGAUGGCUUGAGGUUAUGGGUAGCGCUGUCUGCUGGUGAAUCCGUCAGCGACUCAAAAAUUGGUGACAAAGUUUUGGCGGAUGUGGAAUUGAAGUUAGUCUCAAUACGAAAUUCGCUGCGUUUCCUGCUUGGUGGCUGUUCUGGUUACGAUGGCAGUCGUCCACAGUCACCUCUACCUCUUCUUGAUCAGUGGAUCUUACGCCAAGCUCAACAAUUUGGUGUGCGAUGUAUACAAAACUACGACAACUAUCGGUUUCGUUCUGUAGCACUCGACCUUCUCCAUUUCGCUCAACGUACUCUGAGCGCACAUUAUAUUAGUCUUGUACGGGAUCGUCUUUAUUGCUCAAGAAUCGGUUCUAAUGAUCAUAUAUCCGUACAGUUUACGCUGCACAGAGUUGGUACCACUAUGGCAAAAUGUAUGGCACCCCUGCUCCCACACCUUGCGGCGGAAUUCUUUCAACAUCAGCCGAAUUGUCGAGAAAAGCUGAUUUUGCGGGAAGUGCUGAAUUUUGACGGAGAAAAUGAUAUACCAAUGCAUCCUGAACUUGAUCGAGCAAUGGAGAAGAUAAUGCAACUUAGAGGAGAACUCGCUGCUUUGGCUGGUCCAUCGUGCGAUCUUUUCAAAAAGGGAGCGCUGCUGGACCUGACGUCGCCAACAAAGUCUCUCCUGAUGCAGUGGCAAGAAGCAGAUACCUCAUUCGAUUCGCAACUCUGCGAACUGUUUGGAGUGUCAAUGGUCAAAAUCCUGGACGCUGAUGGGGAAGACCAGAUCAGCUUAAUUGAAAGCGAUGGAAAAUUUUGUGACAGAUGUCGCAAAAUGAAGCGACAGCCUACUGAAAGGCAUUGCUCUAGAUGUAGUGCUGCCUUAGCAGGUAUUCUCUAA